AUGACAGGCGACGAAGCCUACCAUGCAGACUGCUUCCGCUGUAUCCAGUGCGAGUCCAAGAUUGACGAUCUGGUCUUUGCAAAGACGUCCCAGGGGAUUUACUGCAUGAAGUGCCAUCAGGAACGCAAGGAAGCGAAACGCCUACGCGAGGAACGGGAGAGGAUGGCGCGAGCUGAGAGGAUGAUGGAGAAGCUCCUUCCUACGAUCCCAGAGGCCGAGAAGCGAUCCCAAAAUACAUUCUCGACAACGACCGAUUCGCCCGCUGCAACAACUCAUAGCCGUUCCAACUCCAGCACUGUCAAGGAGAUCGCCAACAAUCCCAUAUCCAGAGACUUUCCGCAGCGGCAAGCGCAACCACAGCAUAAUCAACAACAGCAACAGCAUCAUCAACUACAACAGCAUCUACAACACCAGCAGCAUCUACAACAACAACAUCAACAACAGCAGUAUCAGCAUAACCACCAACACCAGCAUCAUACCCAGCAUAAUUCAAAGGUCGUCGACGCACCCGUGGCGGAUCAGUCGAGCUCAGACAUGCCAAGGCUACCUUUCUUCAGUCUGCAGUCUGACAAAACAAAUUCACCAAAAUCCAACAAAGUCAUUCCACACUCUCACGGUGGUUACCGUUCAAAGGCUGAUCCAGGUUUGCCUUCCGUCGAUGUCGGACCACCGUUCCUGCCACCCUUGAUCUUCGGACUAGACGAUGCCUCUACGAGCAGUUUCGACCUUAGCGACAUGUUAGGAGGUCCUGAAUCGGAGACCAGCGACAAACAAGGAUUCAUUUCCAAUCCUCCAACGCCUCCAGCAAAAGACGCGGAGAUUAUCAGCUCUUUGGGCAUCAACUCGUUUCGCGCUAGCAUUAGCAGAGCCAGUUUACGCCACAGCUUGCCUCCAAAAGCCCUGUACAACACUGUGUCAGUCUCGGAAACAUCGCGGUCUUCCACCGACGGUCAUGACAUGGCUCCACUGCUCAAGGAGACAACGCCAGCCGAUCACCCGAGUGACUCAAUACCACUUCAUAACCAAGGCAAUGCGGAGGACGAUACUAUGAUUCUGCAGGAGGCCGAGGCAAUGAUUCGGGAACUGCGGAUGGAGUUGGCCAAGUAUAAUCCCAUGAGUCCUUUACUUCAUGGAACGACACAACAGGAAUAUGGGCUUUUGUUGGACAAAACGAGGAAACUGUCUCAGGAGCAUGCUGAACUGGAGAAAGCAAUCCGCGAUAUGUAUAUCGAGAAAGACAUGCUAGGGAUGGACCUCGAAGCUAUGAACAACGAGCUGAAGGCGAAAGAGGAAGCGCUGGAAUCUGGAACCGAUAAACUGCAACCGGCAACAGUGCAAAACCCACGCCUGAGCACUAAUCACGAGUUCAUGAAGCAGGCAUACCUUAUGGAGGUGAAAGCACUCCAGGAACAAAAGGAUCGACUCCAGCGCGACAUUCAGCUUUAUGUCGAUCAACGCGAUGGCGUUCUCAACGAGAUGCAGAUCCUGAGUGUCAGAAACGCGGAGUUGUCGACUAUCAAUAACGAUAUGAUGCGAGAGAUGCAGGGACGGAUGGACACCAAGCCGACAACAACUCCACCCAACAACGGUAUGAUCCAAUCCUUCACCGACAAGAUCAGGCGGCAACGUCAGAUGAGCGGAGGAAACCAGUCGGACCUUAGAGGCGGGGCUCUUCUCGGCAGCGGCGAAUCGACAUAUUCCUUUAAUUCUACCCAUUCCGACGAUCAAACCAGAAAUCCUACAAUCAUGAAGGCCAGAAAGGAGGAUAUGGGCGACGACAAUACUGAAGAGGGACUUACAGUACCGAAAAAGUUCAAUUGGAAAAAGGGCACCACCAGCACAGUCAAGUCCGUUGGCGCGAUGUUUGGCAAGUUGCUUGUCGAGGCGCCUAACUCGACCUUGGAGGUCCCUCACGCCAAAUUGGGACAGUCUCUCUCGGAAUCAGGAAGUGUCAACAGUCUGUUGCUGCCACCCACCCGGACGCUUUCUAACAGCAGCGAGACACGGUCAUUGAACGGAAAAAACACGGAACAGCACGCCUUCGUUCUAAACAACUUUGCCCGACCAAUACGAUGCGACGCCUGCGAUGACAAGCUAUGGGGUCGUGAAUAUAGAUGUCGCUACUGUGCGUUCCAUAUUCACGGACGGUGUAUGCAUGACAUUAUUCCUGGGUGCGCAGGCGUUAUCAAGGAUUCGGACUCUUCCAGUCUUCGCGAUAUCACGCCUAGUGGAGGAAGUAGCUUCGGAGUCCCUCCGCCCCCGCCCGCCAAGCAAAUUAUGUUUGGCAACGACCUCUUAGAUCAGCUGGAACUCGAGCAACGUCUGGUGCCAUUGGUGGUAGAAAAGUGCAUUGAGGCUGUGGACGAACGCGGUUUGGAGGUUGAGGGGAUUUACAGGCGAUCGGGAAUGGCUGCUGAGGCAAGGCAGCUGGUGCAGGCAUACGACAUCGGCAUGCAACCGGAUCUAAUGGACACGGAGAUCUAUCAGGACAUUUGCUCCAUCACCUCGGUCCUCAAGCAGUACCUCCGCAGUCUUCCCGAUCCGCUGAUCCCGUACGACCUGUAUGCCGAGUUCAUGGAGGCCAUUAGCCUACCUCAAAACAACGCAAAGAUACAGACGUUCAAGGACUUGAUGGAUCGGAUGCCAGUAGCUCAUUAUGCCACCCUGAAGGUUCUCUUGGAGCAUCUGAACCGUGUCACCCAAAAGGACAAGAUCAACCUUAUGACCUCCAAGAAUUUGUCUGUCGUCUUUGGGCCUACUCUGAUGAGAAACCCGGACCCGAGCAGAGAGAUCAUGGACAUGACGUUCAAGAAUCUCACCAUCGAGUUCUUCAUCGUUCACACAAACGAGUUGUUUGCUCAGGAUGCCCGGCCCUCUACAAGCAGCAAUGGUGAGAGCAACAAUGGGCGGCUAUCGUCAAGCAGUAAUCAUGAGCGACCCUCCACCAGCAGUUCAAGCACUUCCACGUCGAAUGGGCCUCCAACCAGUGGACGGAGCGGUCUGAAUGGCGCCGCACAUCAACCUAGCCCACCCCCAAGAAGAGUGCCGACGAACAUCGCCCAGGCAGGAUCACCACCUCCAAGUACAUCGAGUCAACCAUCGUCCUUAUCCUCCAGGUUUGUGGCCGGAGAGACUGCCGCCAAUAUAGCAUCAGUACCAGGACAGUCACCGCCACAUCCACAGCCUUCGCAACCGCUUUUGCCGCAACCCCAACCUUAUCAGCCGGUCUCGCAGUAUCGUCCCCAACACCAGACACUACAGCAGUUGCAUCAAAAACAGCAGCAGCAGCAGCAGCAAUUGCAGCUUCAGUUACAACAAAAGCAACAGCAACAGCAACAAGAGCAGCAACAAGAGCAGCAAGAGCAACAACUGCAGCAGCAAUCUAUCCCGCCUGCCCCCUUCUCGACCAGCCAUAACUAUGUCCCCACCCCUCAACAGCAACAUGCGAAUCCUGAAGUCGACUUGACCCAUUUCCCAUAG